GGGCUCCGCUCGCAGAUCUGGCAUCCCCGCCCCCAAGAGCCGGGCUUCACGGGGGCUUUGCUGGUGAUAACUGCAUUUUUUAGGGUCACCACGCCGAAACUAGCGCAUAGGCUUUUGGUGUUCUGGUGCCGCUAAUGCGGAAGGUCCGAUCUUUGUGGUCGGCGGAAGAAAUUUCAGGUUGGCUUCGGUCUCCAUGGAGUAAGGCCUGAGGCAGCCGGCUGGGAGUGGGCGUGUGCGGACGGUCGUAUAGGGUCGCUGUUUGUUGAUGUGAUAGUGUGUGUGUGUGUGUGUGUCCACACCUUGAUCUCUCUGCAUUAUCUGGGGCUCUGUGCGCGUCGCUUUCUGCUCCAACUUUCCCUCGCGACCACAGGAACCAAAGCAGAGGACUAAGUUUCAGUAAGGAGAGGUCAGGCUAGGUACAGACUUGAGCUUGGGAGGAGCAUUUGGGGCUGAAAGUGCCACCGAGGGUGACCUAGGAGGGUGGUUACUUGUUGAAUUCCAUGACUUUCUCAGAGCCCUAGCUGUGUGAGUGUUGAGGGAACUGAAGGAAAGUGCUCAGUGCGGAUGCUGCCAGAGCAUGAUGGGGAUCUCAUCCUUGCGCAGGCUCCCCGCGAAGGCCAUCAGUCAAAAGGAGGGCUUGAGAAGGAUGGGAUCAUUAUUGCUGCCCAUCUAAGAGUCAAGGAUGAGUGUACUCUUCUUUUCUGUUUGAGAAAUGAGUUUUCAAUUUUAUAAUAUGGAAUUGUCAGUAAAUGCAGGUAGGUGAACGUACACAUUCAUACCUCCACCGCUGUGGCCCUUACGUUGUCCCUGCCCUUAGGUCCUGGUGUUCACAUGACCAUUUCAAUUACCCUUGACUUUUUCUCCCUAAAUCACUUCCUUUCCCCACAUUAUAGACAGUGCUCAUCUUGGGUUCAUUGUCUGCAGGGUAUGGCAGGACAAGGGAGUGUUAGAAAGAAUGCAAAUACUGGUUGUAUAUUUAAGGAAAUGACUCAUAAGCUCUAGUCUGUACAGUGUACAUUUUAAUCUCAGCAUUUUGGGAGGCAGAAGCAGGAGGAUCAUUGUAAAUUAAGGAUCAGUUUGAUCCACAUAGCAAGUUCCAGGAGGGGUGUGCUACAAAAUGAGAACCUGUUUCAAAACAAGGAGAAAACGAAAUGAAGGGGAGGAAGCCUGAAGAAGAAUGGCCAGCUCUAGUUCCCAAGACAUGGUCUGUGGGUCAGUGACAUUUAGGGAUGUGGCUGUUGACUUCUCUCAGGAGGAGUGGGCCUGCCUGGAUGCUACUCAGAAGGUCUUAUACAGGGACAUGAUGUUGGAGACCUACAGCAACCUGGUCUCAGUGGUGGGAAGUUGCAUUUCCAAGCCAGAUCUGAUCGUCUUACUAGAGCAGGAGAAAGAGCCCUGGAUGGCUGUGAAGGAAGAAACAGACAGGCCGAGCCCAGAUUUGGAGACAGAUUAUGAUGCUGGAAGUAUAUCUCCAGAAAAUUCUAUUAGUAAUGGAAAUUUUCCCAAACAGAGCAUAAAGCAAUUAAGUAGAAUUCUUGAUCUCGAGGGCUCUACUUUUAGUAAUGGCCACAACCAUAGUAUAUUCAGUGGACUACAGGGUUAUAAAGGAGGAGAUGCUGGUCAAAAGGUUACUAAAAAGGAAGAAAUGCCUCCUUAUACCUGCCAGACUCUUGCUCACAAUACAGAAAAACCAUAUGAGUGUAAAGAGUGUGGGAAGUGCUUUGGUUGUAGGUCAACUUUUACUCAGCAUCAAAGUAUUCAUACUGGAGAGAAGCCCUAUGAAUGUGAGGAGUGUGGGAAGGCCUUCAGACUCCCCCAACAGCUCACAAGGCAUCAGAAGUUUCACAGUGGUGAGAAACCUUUCGAGUGUAAUGAAUGUGGAAAGGCUUUUCAUCUUCCUGACCUGCUCAAGUACCAUAAAACCAUUCAUACAGGUGAAAAACCAUUUGAAUGCAGGGAAUGUGGGUUGUAUAGGAUUAUCCAUGCUGAUGUGAAACCAUACAAAUGUAGUGAGUGUGGGAAAGCCUUUAAGCGUCGCUCAAACCUCGUGCAACAUCAGAAAACUCAUUCUGAUGAGAGACCCUUUCAGUGUAAGGACUGUGGGAAGGGCUUCAUUGUUCUGGCUCAGCUCACAAGGCACCAGAACAUUCACACUGGAGAGAAGUCAUUUGAAUGUCAUGAAUGUGGGAAGGCCUUCAGACUCCCCCAACAGCUCACAAGACAUCAGAAGUCUCACAGUGGUGAGAAACCUUUCAAAUGUAAUGAAUGUGGAAAGGCUUUUCAUCUUCCUGACCUGCUCAAGUACCAUAAAACCAUUCAUACAAGUACAAAACCAUUUGAAUGCAGGGAAUGUGGGAAGUCCUUCCAUCGCAUCUCUAACCUUGUUGAACAUAGGCUUAUUCAUGCUGAUGUGAAACCACACAAGUGUAAUGAGUGUGGGAAAGCCUUUAAAAGAAACAAAAGCCUCAUGCAACAUCAGAAAAUCCAUUCUGGUGAGAGACCCUUUCAGUGCCAGGAGUGUGGGAAGGCCUUCAUUGUUCUGGCUCAUCUCACUCGGCAUCAGACCAUUCAUACUGGAGAGAAGUCAUUCGAGUGCAAGGAAUGUGGCAAGAAAUUCAGAACUGCCACACACCUUGUUCAGCACCAGAGUAUUCAUACUGGUGAGAAACCCUUUGAAUGCAAUGUAUGUGGGAAGGCUUUUCGGCUUCAGAUAUACCUUUCUGAGCAUCAGAAAACUCACAUGGAAGCAAAACACUUUGAAUGCAAUAUAUGUGGGAAGGUCUUUAGGCUUCAGGUAUACCUUUCUGAGCAUCAGAAAACUCACACUGAAGAGAAACCUUUCAAGUGUAAGCUCUGUGGAUCAGCCUUCAGAAGUAAGUACCAACUUAGUAAACAUCACACAGUUCACACUGAUGAAAAACCCUAUCAGUGCAAGGAAUGUGGCAAAUGCUUUCGUCAAAGGUCAAAUUUUACCGAUCACCAGAGUAUUCACACUGGAAAAAAACCCUUCCAAUGUAAAGAGUGUGGGAAAUUUUACAGACUCAAUACACUUCUCAUUCGUCAUCAGAAGUCUCACAGUAGUGAGAGACCUUAUGAGUGUAAAGAAUGUGGAAAGGCUUUCCAUCUUCCCAGUGAACUUAAUAACCAUCAAAUUGUUCAUACAAGUAACAGACCCUUUGAGUGCAAGGUAUGUGGGAAGUCCUUCAAGCGUGAAUCCACUCUCAUUCAACAUAUGGCCAUUCAUUCUGGUGUGAAAUCAUAUGAAUGUAAAGAAUGUGGGAAAGGUUUUAUUCACCGCUCAAGCCUAUUGCACCAUCGGAAAAUUCAUUCUGAUGAGAAACCGUUUAAGUGUCAGGAGUGUGGAAAGGCCUUUGUUGUUCUGGCAUACCUCACUCGGCACCAGAGCAUCCACACUGGAGAGAAAUCAUUUGAAUGUCAGCACUGUGGGUCAGCCUUCAGAUACAAGUCCCAACUCAGUAAACAUCAGAGAAUUCAUACUGAUGUGAGACUCUUUCAGUGCAUGGAAGGUAGGAAUGACUUUGUUCAUGGACUAGACCUUAGAAUUCAUCAGGGAAUCCAUACCAGUGAGACUCCCUUUCAAUGUAAUGAAUAUGGGGAACCCUUUCAUAAUCAUAACCAAUUUUCUUGGACAUAUUAGAAUUCAUACUGGUAGGAAACCCUAUCACUGUAAGGAAUGUGGAAAGAACUUCAAUUUGAGCUCAGGCCUUCUUUAACAUAAAAGAACCCAUGCUGGUGUCAAACACUAUGAAUGCGAGGAAUGUGGGAACAUUUAUAGAAUUAGCUCAAGCUCUUCAGAGAGUCCAUUGAGGUUUGAAACCAUGUGAAUGAGAAGAAUCAGGAAAAGUCUUUAUUGUAAACGAUGAGUUUAGACAUCAUCAGAAAAUCUGUAAUAGCCAGGAGUCCUAUUCGUGUAAGGGAGGUGGACAAGCUAUUGUAUGAAAAUGUUACUGAACAUCAGGGUCCUCAUAUUGGGAAUACUGUGACUUAAAAUAAUGUGGGAACUUUAAUCUGCCCUGGAUAUGGUGACCAUUGGUGUGUCAUAUCCUGUCAAUGCCAGAAGCUCUUUGGAAUGAGAAUGUGGGAAGUGGUUGUUAAGAGUAAAUACUUGGUUGAGAUUUUCAUGUCAAAAAUUCAGGGUAGCAAUUAUGUUCUUGAUUUACUCUCCUCUUGUUAGUUGUAUAAAUUUUAUUCAUCAAUCAAUAGUCAUCCAGGAUAAUCAAUUUAGGGGUAACAGUUAUUGGAACUGAGUAUUUGGUUAGUUCCCAUGGUCUGUAGAAGAGUUUUUAAAGUUUUCUCCUUUUAUCAGCGUUAGUAUAACUGACAUGAAAGGUUAAUUGUGUGUUAGAUAGUUUAGGAAAGUCUCAUGCUUUUACUCACUGUUACACUUUAACCUUAUUCUGGAUAAAUCUCAUGGAUGAACAUGAAAGGAUUUGAAUUGUUCCCCAUUCCUUAAGUAUUUGUGUGGACAUUUAAAAGAAAAAACCAGUCAUUUAUGAGUAAGUACUUUCUAAAAGGGUGAAACCCAUAAAAAUUUCAGGAUGUAAAACCCUAUAAUUCAAUGCCUUCCACCCACAUGUGAAGAUAAAGUAUACACUUUUGAUAGGACAAGAAAGUCCACAGGCUUUUCCAUCUCUUUUUCUUGCUAAGAUCAUUUCAGGUUUGACUAAAAUUUGAGUAGAAUUUCCUUGAUGGAGAAUAUUGUGGAAAAUUGUCCAACUCUACUUAGAGACUGGAGUUUAAAUUGCCUCUGCUAAUUUAGCCUAUCUUCUGUUAAGAGCCCUGUGUGUUUAAACCUCUCCCUCCAGCUAUCUGCUUAUUUUUGGCUAAUUUUAAACUACCUGCUUGUCCAAAAGCUCCCCCUGUAGCUCCUGAACAACGUAGUAAUAAGAUGUGGGAUUUCCUCUAAAUGCCAGGGCUAUUCUUGGGUUCCAAAUACAUGAAUGUACUCAGAGCUAGCUGGAAUAAAGACUUUCAUUUUGAAGUAAACUGCAUUUGAAUGGUCUUCUCUUGUGGGCUCCCUAUAGUGCAUUAACAAAAAUAGCCAGAUUGAAAGCACUUAUAAAAAUGUUGGAAAAUUUUUGUCCAUAUGAAAAACUUGGAACAGUCAACAACAUACAUCUGUAUCCUCACCUAGAUUGAAAAUUGUCAACAGUUUACAAGGUUGAUCCUGUUUUUCUGUAUAUAUAGAUAUUUGAGGCUGUACCAUUAAGACUAUGUUUUAGAGUUUGGAGUGGAAAUGCAUGCUCAAAUCCUAAGGAAGUGUAAAGCUAAGACAGGAGGAUCAAGAGUUGGAUGCAAGUCUAGCUAUAUACUGACGUUAAGUCCAACUGUGGUAGUAUUGAGACUCCUUAUCAAAUCAAUAAGUAAAAGUUGUAGACGUGACAUUUUAUCCCUUACUACAUCACCCAAGAUGAAAUGUCAUCUAUACUACAGAACCAUAAAUAUUCCGAAGGAAAUGAUUCAGAAUUUAUGACAUUUAGAAGUUUGUCAUUGGCCUCCAAACUCCUUUUUUUUUUUCAAGUGUAUAUAUCCUGAGGAGAAUCUUGUAUAGAGAUUUGGCCUUGCCCUAUUUUAUAUUGAGUUUUCAGUGUUGAUUUAACCCAGGGUGUUGUGCACAGUAUUAUUGUAUCUUCUAUACAAGGACAAUUAGAUUCAGAUGAAAUAUUUUGGAUGAAUACACACUGUAGGUUGUAUGUUCUGUCCAACCUAUCUAGAAACAUUUAUGUGUCAGCUAUAAUAUUACUGGUGAAAUUAUGGUUGGUAAUUUGGGUAAAAUGGUGGGUGCCAGAGCUCUAUUAAAAGGUCUAGUUUGUUGUGUAUAAGUAGUCUAUGUAGUUCCAAACAGAUAUUUAUAAUUUAAUCUUGGUUAAAUAUAAGUAAAGAUCGAAAUCAACUUUAAAUUGAUAGUAUAAUAAAGUUGUAUGGUGUAACUUGAAUACCAUGAUUUAAGUUGUAUGGUGUAACUAAUGCUGUACUCAGUUCUUGAGUUGUAGACAUAACAUUUUAUCUUUUCUUGAUUUAUGUCAUCUUUUCGUCAAGUGACCUGUGUAAUUGGAAAACUCAAAACUCAUCAUUCUGUGGAAAGAGUAGAGAAACUGCCUCCAAGCUGAGCUGGUUGGGGGUUCUGUUGUGGGGAACACUGAUGGAAUGCAGCCAGGAUAGAAUGGAUUUUUCCCUUUUGUCCAGUAUUGACCAAGGAGGGAAUUUUCUCUAAGACUUCUUUAGAUGAAUUAGACAGCUGCUUAGAAGGUUGCCUUUUUCACCCAGUUUACACUAUCUAUUAGGAAAAGAAAGUUAUAAAACUUAGAUGGAUUUAAAGGCAGAAAUAGGCCCAGUUCCUGGAUGUGGCCUAAAAGGAAACAACAACAAACUGAAAGACAAGAUCCUUUGGAUAAACUGAAAGCCAUCAUCCUCUUCUCUAUUGAUGAGACUCGGUUAGGGUACAGAUACCCAGCAAAAUGUUGGUGUCUUGCCCUCCUUCAGAAGAAUAUCUCUUAGCUGAAAGUUGUGCUCCCAAUCAAAGAUACAUCUUUUAGAUUGCCAACCAAAAAUCCUGAAGGCGAGGGCAAAAUCACCUCCCACCCCAGGAUUAGUUCAACACCAACGUCAGCUAAACAGUUAAGCCACUCCUGACCAGAAUGAACAAUACCAAGUAGCCCUGGAAAGAUGAUUGGGAAAUUGCAGUCUGUCUUGCCUGGCUUAUCAAGACAGACACACAACACAAUUCUCCUGUCUGUGAUGAAACCUGGGACUUCUGGUCAUCGACUCCAGAAUCUGAAAUAAAAAGAAAAAAAAAUUAUUAAGAGAGUCCUGCCUCUACCCUGUGGUCUCAACCCCAUACAUUCUCAUGAGUCUGAUUUGCCUAGAGAAGUAGGCAGAUAUUGCCUUGGACCUGAAAGAUGUGUUCUCCAGCCUCUCAUUGUUAGAGCUAAGUCAAUUCAUCUUUGCUUUGGAGUGGACGGACCAAGAAGGAGGUUAUAGAGGGUAACUUAGAUGGACCAGGUUGCCUCAGGGAUUUGACAAUUUUUCCAACCCUCUUUGAUGAGAGUGUUGGAAACUUGUGUUUCCAAUCUUAGGUCAACUAAGUAUUAACCCCUUGCUCUUCCACCAGGGGUUUGCAGGGCCCAUACUCUUAUAAUAUAUAAAGACCUCCUAGCCUCUAAAACUAACAGAAAUUAAAAGGGCCACGGAGGGACUCCUGCAACAGUUAUAGAACUUGGGGUACACCAUGUCAGCUCAAAAAGCCCUACUUUGUACACCUCAUGCGACUUGAAGAGGUGAGGCAAAAGGAGCCUGUCUCAAAGUAGGAUUGCUGCCAGUUCUUCAGAUCCCAACACCAAAGACCAAGAGACAUGUUUGAGAAUUCUCAGGUUCAUCUAUGUAUUUCUGACCCAAGAUACCAGAGUUUGUGGAAAUAGCAACACUUUUAUAUACUGGAGCAAAUCAGGCCCUGCGUGCCUAAUCUGGAUAGACUAAACAAAAGGCAUUUGAGGCUUUAAAUGACUUAGGCUCCAGCCUUAGCAAUUCCAGAUACCUCAAAACCUUUUCAUCUGAUUAUGGAACAAAAUACAAAAGGGUUUUAUCCCAAGCUUUGGGGCCAUUGAAAAGCCUUGUGACAUAGCUGUCCAAACAUUUGGAUCCUUUAGCCACAGGAUGACCCACUUGUCUAAGAGCAAUGCCAGGAAAGAGAGAGAGAGAGUGAGAGAGAGAGAGAGAUCAGUAUCUUAUACUCACAGCACCACAACUGGUUGUGACCUUCCUCUGAGGAACCCCAGGAUUCGAUGCCUGUGUACCAGGCUCUACUCGUGAACCACCCUCGUGUGCAAUUUGAGAAACCCAUGUCUAUCAAUCCUGCUCCCCUCUUUUCUAUAUGAGUAUGUACAGGUCCUCAUCUGUGGCUGACUGGAGAUGACAUCCCCCUAAAAGAGUUUGAUGCAGUGCUCUACUCAGGUAGGAACAGCUUCAUUAAUGAUGAAACCAGUAUAUGGGGUGUAACCUUCAGACCAUAUACCACUGAGGCGGGGCCACCUGCAGUGCUGCUUCUCCGACUCAACUAAUUUCCUUUGAUGUGACACUGCCUGCCACCUGCCAUGAGGCCUAACCGGUUCUCCAAGAUUUUCCGGAGUUAACUACAACCUGUGAAUCUGGCGAAUUACUGCUAAAAGGCUGUGCUGACAACAUCAAGAAACUUGGUGUGAUAGGGGAUGGGUUUCCUUCUUUAUGAGCACAGACUUUUUUAUUAAACAUUUGAUCCUUGAGCAGA